AUGAAGACCACCCAAUUGAUCGCGAUCAUCUUGCCACUGAUCAUCCUCAUGGAGACAGUUUCCUCAUCCCAGGAAGUGCUGUCCAGAGACAAGCGCUUCCUCUUUCCGCAGGGCAGUGAUAUCGGAGUUCUCGUGGCGAUCGCCGUUCCGCUGGAUCUUCCGCACAGAAGUGUCUUCGUGUCCUACAACUUCGAGACCAACUACAGCCCGCCAACAAUGGCGUCAGACAUCAUUCCUGGUCCUCUCAAGUUCCUGGAGUUGAUCGACAGACGCGGUUUGGGUAGGAAGAACGGCGGAGGAAGUGUGAUUUCAGUCACGGAACCGUACAAUAAAUCCACAUCGAUGGAUGAUGAAGAGCGUGGAAUGAAGGACGAUUUUGUGACCACGGAAGUUCCUGAAGUGCCCAAAGUGACCAAGAGUCCCCACAAGAGAUACGCCAGUGAUUCCCUUUUGACCAGGAAGAAGGUGUACAAAAUGCUGGAGAGCAGAUUGCAGAAUCACGGCCUCAGAGGCAGAGCUUGUCUACUCAGGGCAGUUUGUGAGUCCUCCGAAGGACCAAUUCACGAGCUGACAGGUGUUCUUGGAGACGUUAUUCACAUAAUUCUCACGUAA